AAGAUGGAACUUACCUGAUCAUUGCAGACACAGAAAAUAGAAUAGCACUCCUUUCUGAUAUAGUUGUAGCUAGUGGAAUGUUAUCAAAUCUUAUUAAUUACGUUUAUCCAAAUUUUAUCCAAAACUUCAAUAAUAUUAAUUACUUAACUGAAAGAGCUAUACUGACUCCAAAAAAUAACGAUAUUGAU